GCAAUGCUUACAUUUUAAAGGAUCAAAAUCCUCCUUCCCUUCUGCCCGCGCCGAAACUCCUCUUCCCGUGUCCUCCUCUUCCUUUUUACACCAUCGCCACCUCGUCCUCGUCUUCCCCGAUUCCAUAAUCCAAUCCAAGAUGGGAAGUCCGUGGAAUUCUCCGCCUGAGGAACCCUCCCCGACGCUCCAACCCAGCGACUUCGAUCCCUUCCUGCUCGGUUUCGACCCCGACGAGUGGCUUGUGGAUCCCCACCGCUUCUUCGUGUCAGUGGAGGAAGUGGAGGUGCUCGAUUUCCUUGAUAGCCCUGUGACCGAAAUAUCUAAUCUUGGGGUAAAAGAAGAGCUCCCGCUGCCCUCGAUCGAUGAGACGAUGAAAUGCGUGACUUUGUUGGAAGACUCUAAUGAGAAGCCAGUGAAUAAUGGCACUGCGUCGGUAAAAUCUAGUUUUGACGAUGCCAAAGUGGCCUUUGGGAAUCUUGAUCUUGAUGGCAGUCAAGGCCGGGUAGAGAAUGAUUUUAGUGAAACCACGAAGGCUAAUGGAGCAAGUGAAGAUCGUGCGAGUUUUUUGGUUAAUGUGGCAAAUAUGAGCAGUGAGGAAAAUUGCGAAGCUGAAUCAGAUGGGUCAGACGAGGAAAUUGAAGAAUCCGAGAGUAGCGACUCUUCUUCGUCCUCUUCAAGCAGCGAAGAAGAAGAUAGUGACGAUGGAUAUCACGAAGGUAAACAUAGUCGGUGUGACAGCAAUAUUAGUGGAGGUUUUCUGAAAGGUGCUGAGGAAGAGAUUGAAGAGGGUGAAAUAAGAGAUGAUAAUCAAGACGAGAUGAUCAUUGGAAGCGAAGAGGAUGAAGAUAUAGUGAAAGGUCCAAUAAGAUCCAAGAAUGAAGUGGAGGAUCUUCCUCCAGUGCCAAAAAUUGAUGUGACGUUGGAACCACACCAUCGAGUACUCUCUGUUGGAGUAAUUUCUGCUGUUCUGGAUAACAAAGUUGUUGUUAAUGGCUUGGAGAAGCACAACCCUCUUAGUGAAGGUUCCAUUCUUUGGAUAACAGAAAUGAGAUUGCCGCUUGGUUUGGUUGAUGAAAUAUUUGGACCAGUAAAGAAUCCCUUCUAUGUCAUAAGAUACAAUUCUGUAAAAGAGAUUCCUGCUGGGAUCAGCGUGGGAACUGCUGUAUCUUUCGUCCUGGAGUUUGCUACGUGCAUACUCAAUUAUAUUGAGCUUCAUAAGAAGUCGUAUGAUGCUUCAGGUGAGAAUGAUGAGGAGCUGCAUGAUGAGGUGGAAUUCUCAGAUGACGAGAAGGAAGCUUGGUAUAAGAAAUCUAGCCGUCAUGCAAAAAGGGGGAAUAAUAAUAAAUGUAAAGCACAUCCAGAAUCAUUUGGCAAUAAAAGAAACUUCAAGUGUGCCAGUAUGCAGAAGGGUAUGUGCCUUCAAGUCGAUCAGGUUUCAGAAUGUCCCGACAGAUUCCCCUUUAGUGUCACAGGUCCCACUGAGUCACACAUAGUAGCCAAUACUUUUGCAUGCUCUAACUAUGGUUCUUCUGGAGCUGGAGGUUCCGGUGUUAGUUCUCAUGCCAUACUUGCAUCUACUCCAAUGCCUGUACAAAUGAGUAGCUUACUAGGUGGAGCUGGAGGUUCCGGUGUUAGUUCUCAUGCCAUACUUGCAUCUACUCCAAUGCCUGUACAAAUGAGUAGCUUACUAGGUGGAGCUGGAGGUUCCGGUGUUAGUUCUCAUGCCAUACUUGCAUCUACUCCAAUGCCUGUACAAAUGAGUAACUCACUGAGUGGAGCUGGAGGUUCCGGUGUUAGUUCUCAUGCCAUACCUGCAGCUACUCCAAUGCCUCUACAAAUGAGUAGCUUAAUGGGUAUACCACAUCAGUUCCAGCAGCUAUUAAAUUCUGUAUGGUUAAGUGGAUUCCUAAAUCUGCAGCAACAGUCUCUAGGUGCACAAGGAUUUGCAGCUAAUAUGUUGCCAAGCCAGCAGCCUGGGAAUCAUGCUUGGACUCAGCUGCAUCAAUCCCAGGCUUAUAGUAGUUUUCCGAGCAAAUUGCCAUUUCAACAUCAGCUCAUUACCAAUUUCCAGGCUCAUGCUAGCAUACCUCGGUUUGAUGAGCCGAAUCUGUGCACCACAUCUGCUACCAUACCUAUUCAAGAACUGUCAGGAAAUAUACAAGAGCCAAGUGUUCCUAAUCAGCAGAAUUUUGGAUUUCCAUUCGGACCUACUGCCCGAGGUGAUGUACGUCCCAGCCAUCUUGGUCGAGGGAGGAAGUCUUUUGGCGGUAGAAAACCUCAUGGUAGAGGAGGUUAUCACUCCUAUGGUAGAGGUGGUGAACAAAAUAAGAGGUGAAAGAUUAUCUUCUGUUUUCUUGAGAUGCUAUUCCUAUUUCUUGUGAUUGUUAAUUUAAACUCAAGUUAGUUCA